UUUACGGAGUAUCUUGUAGAAAGUAUAUUAACAAUUCUAUGUACGACUAUUGGAUGUUUUCUGACAGUUGUAUAUGUAUUGAGAAGGAGAAAUCAGCACAAUAUGCAUGACUUACGGCACACAACAUCAAAAUUAACAAAUGCUGGUGGAUUGUGUUUGUCUAUAGUUGGAGGAGUGUUCGGGUCUAUUUUAGCAAUUGAGUUUGUCCAAUUAAAUAGGAAGUACGAUAGUUUUAAACGCCACACUGGUUUUGAAAGAGUUUUGAGUUAUUACGUUAGUGCUGGACAUACCAACAAUUAUUUUGAGAAAAGGUUUCCCUACUCGUUAGUGAUCAUUUCUGAGGGUUUAUUAUUACUGGCAAUAUCAAUCAUCCGUCAUAUAAAUUUGAGGAAAACUCCAAAUAUUGGAACCAUAUUAAGUGAACCUGUCAAUGAUCCUACUAUUGAAGAACUUGAACUUAUUGUCUCAUCUACACCGUUAACUAAAAUGACAUAGAUUUAGCUUUCACCGUUGUAUAACGUCAGCAACAAAACACAGAUUACUACAUAUCCAAACGGCACGGAACAGUAAUAGCACGUAUUUCAAAAUCAAGAAAACACUGGUGACCAAAUCUGCGAUUAUCUCAAAAGUUCUUAAAAGCAGGAGUU